AUGGUGACGUUGUGGCUGGCCGGAAGUCUGGGUCAACCCAUCGGGUCGUGUGGUCAAAGGCUGACCGGGGUGAGGAAAGCAUACGAGCGUCGAUACGGCAAGACCAAGGCGGGAAUGAUCAGUUCUACAGCCCUUUCGUCCGUCUCCAAUACUGCAAGCGGCAAGGGUGGUAACAGGAAUAUUUCGGGAAAGUCUAAGUCGACUUCUGGAUCAUCUUCUAAAAGCAAUGCAAAUGACACGGUGGCGCUUUGCAGGAAAAGCAGUGACGACUCGCAGGGCAUGGAUUGUCAUGAUAACCCGGUGAAAACGUCAAGCGUAGAUGAAACUAACCAUCUUAACAAUGGAUUAAGUACCAAUCAGGAUUCUACAAAGAAGAAACUAAGCCCUGACGGACCACUACAGCACAACGAAAUACAGUGCCUCGUGAAAGAUAGCGAAAAGAAUAUCAACCAAGGAAAGCAAAAUGGCGGACUGUCCAAGGAAGCUAAGGUGGCUAUGGAAAACAUGAUUUCAAAAUCUAAUGUCGCCUCGAACAAUGAGAAUAUUGCAUAGAAAGAAAGAACUUUAUUUAAUACUUACUUUUGAAACAAACGGCUUGAAGAAAGUAAUGUUAUUUGCUCUCAAUAUUUGAAUAUAUUUCGAUGUUCAGAUUAAAGAAAUAUGAAAUAUAUAAUAUUACACUAACUCAAUGCGACCUUCAGUUAAUCACAUUUUGCACAUGGAAACACUGUAUUUAUAAGUAGGACCACCCCAUCUACGCCAUCUACGUUAGAAGUACGCACAGGCUUGAGGCUGGUGUGAUGAUAAUUAAUAAAAGAGAAGUGUAAGGCUAUUAAACUCAUUUAAUAAGCAUGUGGAGUUCAACGAGAAUCCCAAUUGUACUGCCGUGUUGCUGUUUUAUCUGUGUUUUAUGAAAUAAGCAUACACAUUUAUCUACCUUUGUCCUUUAUAGAUACGAGUCUGAGUUUUCAAAUCAAGAUGUAAUAUAAUAAAAUUCUACGUAUUUCUGAACUUCUAAAAAUAAAGUGAAUGAUGCUCCAACUUAAAAAAAUAAAUUGUGCUGUAGGUAUGACUAGCUUCAUAAAUGAUUAAAUAAUUUUGAAAUUUGAUAUCGAUCAUGUAAAGUUAUAUUUUUAUAUCAACAUGUAAUUAUUGUUUGAUAAUUCUACUGGCGGGUAGCUACUGCGAACAGUAUGGCGAUCAAUUUGUAAAUAAACGACUUUGAAAAGGGCUCGAAUGUAGAUAUUAUGGGGGCGUUGCGUGGCUUCACAAAUAGCCAAACCUAUUUAGUUGAUGAUUUAUUGAUGUGGUUGUCAAACUAAAGGUCUCCCAUUUUUAGAACGUUCGUCGAUUUAUCUUGAAAAGAAUCUGUUUCCAUCUUUUAAAAACAAUUAUUUAAUGUGCCCUCAUCUAUUCCGUCCAUUAUACAUCGGUAGAUUUUGAAAAAUUAUAUAAACAUUGAAAGAACACAGAAAUAAGUUGAAAUGAAAUAAUUGUGUAUUUGUUAGAGAUAGAAAUAACGUGAAUGUUUGUACGAUGGAUAUUUAUGAUAAUGGUUUUGAUUGUUGUUUUCACAUUCGUUUCUGUAGUGUGCACAAAGGUUCGACAAUAUUUUCCUUGGAGACCACAUUCUCCGCAAUAUUUCAAAUCUAUUUCAAUUUUCUUCACAAAAAAGUCAUAGAUGUGCAGUGGCUACGUUCUCAAGGAUAGUCUGGUUUAGUAUUUUGAUUAUUUAAAUUGAAGACGCAGGCUAAACAUGGAUGUGUUUAUUUAUCAUACCACCACAUAAUGCUACGAAAAUAAUCGUCAUUGGUUCACACAAAAAACAAUUUGGACGAGGGAUCACUUUUCUAGCUUCUUUGCUAUCGUGUACUGAGAUGGAAAUUUCUGUCGGAAAAUAAAUUGGGUACUCUGAACACAUCUUUAUUCCCUUCCCUUAUUUUUUCGGAGAAAUAAAAACAAAGGAGAAGAAAAAGGGAUUAAAAAAUGUCAUAAUUCAAUCAAAGCCUUUGGUGGCUCCAUCGUGAAAAAAUAUUUCAUAAAAUCAACUAAUAUCAAAUUUGAAAUAUGAAACUCGCAUCUAACAUUGUAGCAUCAUUUGUUAAAUCUCAUAUUAAUCGAUUUUAUAUUGUGGAUCUUGAACUUGUGACACGUUUAAUUGCUCUAUUAUGAUGUCUAGCUAUUGUCUUAUUUAAAAAGUUGGUCCAGUAUUCUAAGAAUUGUUUUAGUUGAAUAAAACAAACAAUUUGAUCUUUUGUAUAGUCUCUCGUACUGAGAUUCAGAAAGGUUGGGGAAGCUCGUGAACUCAUCAUGAGGCACGCAAGAUGCAAUGUUGUAAUAAUUCUAGAUAGACUGUGGCAUAUUAAUGAUCAUAUAUCAGUAAAAUAAUAUAAAAUGAUAAUAACAAUUACACCCUUCUUGAAUUCAUAAAAAAUAUACUUCAGUAAAUUAAAAGAACAAAGAAAUUUAACAAUAAACCAAUUACCGAGGAACACUUUAUUUACAGAUAGCUGUUCCAUUUGGACAGAUGGUAAACACAGUAUAGGGUUUCGGAGAGCAGACAAAGUCAUUUGUUUGGAGACUGAAAGAACAUGAUACACCUAAAAAAAAAUGAUGGGCAUUAUUUUAGAUUGAAAUAACAACUCUACCAUGGUGAAUGAGCAUAUUUUCCCCGUGUGUUAGACUCGCUCAUAAUGUCUGAAUUAUACCCCAGUACACUGUAAAAAAUGAAGUGCUAAAUUAGCACUUACAGUGCUUGCAUAGUGACUGCACUACGAGUGCUGAUUUUUUAGUUCAAAUUUAAACUAGAAAAUUAGCACUCGUAGUGCAGUCACUAUACAAGCACUUUAAGUGCUAAAUUAGCACUUCAUUUUUUACAGUGUAGUUUCUGAAGCAAACUGACCAGUAUGUAAUUAUAUUGGACCCUUUUUAAGAAUCUCGUGGUACGUAACCCCAAAUAAAAUCGACCUUUUAAUGGUAGUUGCCGUGGUUACCGCAACAGCAAGUCUUUAUGAAAUGGGCGCCUAAAUUCUUUUGAUGCGUCCCAACAUAUAUUUCGUCAUAUUCAAUAAAUGUGAACUUUGUGCAAUAA